AAUUAGGAAUUUUUUAUUUAUGUUCAUAUUCUUUUGGUUUUGGUUCAGAUUUAUUUGAUGGGUUCUUAUUGAUACUAGUGUUUAGGUUAGUCUUUCUCAGAAAUGGUGACUUUCAGGUUUCAUCAGUACCAGGUUGUGGGAAGGGCUCUCCCUACUGAGUCAGAUGACCAUCCUAAGAUUUACAAGAUGAAGCUUUGGGCCACCAAUGAAGUCCGUGCCAAGUCCAAGUUUUGGUAUUUUCUGAGGAAGUUAAUGAAGGUGAAGAAGACCAAUGGACAAGUUCUUGCUAUCAAUGAGAUCUUUGAGAAGAAUCUUACAACAAUCAAGAACUUCGGUAUCUGGUUGAGGUAUCAAAGUAGAACUGGUUAUCACAACAUGUACAAGGAGUACCGUGACACCACACUUAAUGGAGCUGUGGAACAGAUGUACACCGAGAUGGCUUCUCGUCAUAGGGUCAGGUUUCCUUGCAUUCAAAUCAUCAAGACUGCAACUAUCCCUGCUAAGCUUUGCAAGAGAGAAAUCACCAAGCAAUUCCACAACUCGAAAAUCAAGUUCCCAUUAGUCUUCAAGAAGGUUAGGCCACCAACCAGGAAGUUGAAGACCACAUACAAAGCAACAAGGCCCAACUUGUUCAUGUAACUUGGUUAUUUAACAAUCAAGCUAUAAAGAGAAGUUGAGUGAGUGAGUGACUCAGUUGAUUCCUGAAUCUUUUUUUUGGUAGAAACCUUUUUUGUCUGUUUUGUUUUGAAGGAUAUUUCAGUCGUUUGAGCAUAAAUUUUAAUUUAUUUUUCUUUUUUUAAAAAAAAUUGUUACUUUUUUUUUAAGGAAUUUUAGGAUUAGUAUUGUAAUUAUAUGUAGAUUUACUUUAUCAGCAUUCUCUUAUAUAAAAGUGUAAG